GAAAAAGGAAUUUAGUUAUAUAUUGAUGUUCAUGCAGCUUCUUGGGUUUGAUGGGGAAAAAGAAAUGUUAGCACGUGAAGUGGCACAAUAUUAAGGCACUCCUGUCCACUCAAUUCCCACAAUAUUUGCUGUUUUGCUUUCUGGUUCGCUUUCAAGAAGAGAGGAGAAGAGCCAAGCCAACUUUUUUUCUAUAAAAAAGAUGGCACUUUGUCUUCAGUAAAUUCCGCUUCUCUUUUUAACUCCUUCUCAACACCACAUUUCUCUCACACAAAUUUACACAACACAACACAUUCAAAGAAGCUAGCUAGCCCCUCUCCCAUGGACAUACACUGCUGCUUCUGUCCUGUCUUUCUCAAGCUUUAGUCUUUGCUCGAGGAAGAGGUAACUGAUAGAUAACCCAGGUGUCUCUUUUUCUCACAAUCUCAUCAGCACACACAUAUUCACAUACCUUGUCGUUCUCAGAAACAAUGUUGAUCUCUUUUCUUUUUCUCUUUUCAUAGAAGUAAGUUGAAAAAGAAAGGAUAUAUUUUGGUGGAUCUAGUUCAAGCUUGAUAUUAUACAGUAAUCUUUCAUGCUUCUUUCUUAACCUCUAGAGCCGCCAGCAACUAGCUCACCACGUGGGCGCUAGGGUUGUCAACUGUGAAAGUGCAACAUGUUUCCUUCAAACAGAAACAUCAAUGGUUACUAUGACCCAGUUCAUUUUACAAAUGACCCAUCAAAUUUCAGUAAGCCUUUUGUCAAUGACGUCGUCCCAAAUUCAAAACUCGAAGACUUUCCUUUAUCCUUCUCGCAGUUUAACUUCCCAUUUGAUGACCAUGAUGACUAUCUCCAUGAUCUUUUACUUCUACAUCAGCAGAACCAACCUUUUGGAACUGAUAAUAAUAGUACUACUGUAUCUGAAAUUGCUGUGGAAAUGGUGGAUUCAGCCCAAACUGAUCUUAAGAAUAGUUCAAACGUCACCACCCAGCAACCCACAACGAGAAAAACGAGUGGUUUGAAGAAAGAUCGGCACAGCAAGAUCAACACUGCUAAAGGGCUCAGAGACAGGAGAGUGAGGUUGUCUCUUGAAGUUGCUCCUCGUUUUUUCAAGCUGCAAGACAUGUUAGGCUAUGACAAAGCUAGUAAAACUGUUGAGUGGCUGCUCGAACAGGCAAAAAAUGAGAUUGAAAAGCUAGAAGGACGUCAUCGCCGGAUGGUGAUGGAUGAACUCAAAGGAAGGCUUCAACAGAAAGUGAAUUAUAGCUACAGUGCUGGUGCAAAGAGUUCCUCUUCUACUGAUGAGUGUGAAGUGGCAUCCGAAACACACAAGGGUGCCAUCAAUUCCGGAGGAUCAAAACCUCCAAUCAAAGAAAAAAAGAUCAGACGGUCCCAUAAGUUUAUUCAUCGCCCUCUUACGAGGGAUAUGAGAAACAAGGCAAGAGCAAAGGCAAGGGAGAGGACAAGUUACAAAAAGAUGUUUGGUCGCAGCCUGAUAAACAUUUCAAAUCAAUCAUGGUCUUGCAGUGCCUUAGAAAAAUGUGAAAAAUCGGGUUCUCGAAGUCCAUACAGGAAUUGUUCCUUGGAGGUAUUGCCUGAGGUUGAAGAAGCAAGUUGUGAGGUUAUAGCCAACCAUGAACAAUUAGAUGAUGGUUCCAUCGUGGUUAUGGAGAACUGGAGUCCCUCUUCCAGUUUCAAUUAUCGCCACAACAUCGGAACUCCUGAAGAGCAUCAAUUUCCAGACUUUCAAUUCUUGGGCAAGCCAUAGAAGCCUGCUGCAACAGAUUAGCAAUGCUUACAUGGGUUAUCUCAUAUCUUGGUGUGUGUCAGAUAGGUAAAUGCUAGGUCAAUAAUGUUGUGUAUCGCCUCCUUUUCUGUUUAAAUUGUUGUAAAUUAAUUGUAUCUUAUUUUGUAUGUUCAUAUGGACUAUUCUGUAGUGUCAGUGAUUGUUAUGUAUGAUUAUCCUUUGGAAUGAUUUUAUGUGCCCUUAAUCCUAUAUUCUGAAUUUAUAUUAUGUGUUUUUAGAGAUAUAA